AUGGUCACUUUUGUUCCUUUUCAAUGCUUCCUCAAACUUUUCUUCCUUAUCUCCCUCUUUCGGAUUUCCUUCGCUGCUAGGAAGCUCAACGAGCUGGUUCAGGACCAGUCUCAGCUCCUCCAUUACCAUAACGGUCCUUUGCUUUAUGGCAAAAUAGCCGUGAACCUCAUCUGGUAUGGCCAGUUCAAACCGUCCCAAAAAGCCAUAGUAGCCGAUUUCGUAACCUCUCUGUCGUCACCAGGGGCUCUAGACAGCCAGCCAUCUGUUUCCACGUGGUGGAAAACCACUGAGAAGUACUACCACUUGAGCCCCAAGAAGGCUGCUUCUCUGUCCCUCUCACUUGGCGAUCAGAUCCUGGACGAGAAUUACUCGCUGGGAAAGUCUCUGACCAGCAAGCACCUUGUCCAGUUGGCUUCCAAAGGGGGGCAGAGAAACGCCAUCAAUGUUGUUCUGACAGCCACUGACGUGGCCGUCGAAGGUUUCUGUAUGAGCCGAUGUGGCACUCACGGGUCUGCCUCUUCCGCUGUUCACGUGAAGGGUGGCAAGAGCUACAAGUUCGCUUACAUAUGGGUGGGAAACUCCGAAACCCAAUGUCCCGGCCAAUGCGCGUGGCCGUUCCACCAGCCAAUUUAUGGACCCCAGAAUGCACCCUUGAUUGCUCCCAACAACGAUGUGGGACUUGACGGUAUGGUCAUCAACUUGGCUAGCCUCCUGGCCGGAACCGCCACCAACCCUUUCGGAAAUGGGUACUUCCAGGGUCCUGCGGAGGCUCCAUUGGAAGCCGCGUCUGCGUGUCCUGGGGUUUAUGGGAAAGGGGCUUAUCCUGGCUAUGCUGGGAACUUGCUGGUUGAUACUACCACUGGUGCUAGCUACAAUGUGAAUGGUGCUAAUGGAAGGAAGUAUCUUGUUCCUGCUCUGUAUGAUCCUUCAACAUCGUCUUGCUCAACGCCCGUGUGA